GUUAUUCAAAUUAGUCCACGUGUAAGGUUAAAUUAUUGAUGGCAUCAGUCGUGUGAGGAUCUUGGUUCAAGAUGUUUGUGAAUUUUAUAGUGGCCGUUACUGUGUUAGGUUUAGUUAGUUCGAGUGCAGUACCCCUAACGAAAUGCAAAGCGGACGACUCAGAAUGCAUCAAAAAGAACGCCGAAGUUCUCAUUCCCCUGUUCGUCGCCGGCAUCCCCGAGUUGGGCAUAGAGCAAUUAGAUCCCGUGGUCUUCAAGAAGAUCGACUCCAGCACCAACUUCUUGAACCUUAUCUUUAAAGACCUUACGGUUAAAGGACUUAAUUCCUGCAGAUUCAAGAGUAUUAAAAACAACAAGGUUAAGCAGGUGCUCUCAGCCAAAAUCCACUGCGAUGUCGUCCUAGACGGCCAAUACACAAUGAAGGGGACAGUCUUCCUACUCCCUGUUACUGGCGACGGAAAAGCCCACAUUGAACACAAGAAAAUCGAGAUUAAUUUCGACUUGAAAUACGAAGAAGAGACCGGCCCUGAUGGCAAACAGCAUUGGAAGACCGGCCAGUGGACGCACGACUUUAAGUAUUUGGGAGAAAAUGUAUUGGACUUCGACAACUUGUUCGGUGGAAAUGAAGUUUUGGCUGGAGCAACGAAAGCGCUUAUGAAGAGCCACCCCAAAGAACUCGCAGAGCUGACAGCCGCACCUGUCGUCAAAACCAUCGUUGCAAGGAUUAUAAAGAACGUCAAGAUCUUUUUCGAGAAGAUUCCCGUGGAAGAAUUUGCUCUGGAUUAGUUACAAGCACAGAGAAUGUACAAGAUUGUCCGUCAAUUAUUACAUGUGCGACCAAAUUCGAAGUAUUAAAUUCAGAAAUAAUA